AACUGCCAAGUCUUACGCCAAAUCCAUUCGUGGCGACCGGCGAGACAUACGCUAACCAACAACAACGUCGCCGGCCGCAUGCCCUGAGAAGCACCUGAGCUGUCCACCAGUAUUUGUCCACGAUCGAGAGCGUCCAUAUAUACUACUCCUACUUAUUCGAUUCCGUAGAAUCUUUCUCGAUCUUCGCCAUCGCUCGCCGACCGGUCCGUCGAUCGAUCUGGUCCGUGGCAGCCACCGGCGAGCAGUACCACCACCUCAAGAACGUCGCCGCGCACAGGCAGAGGCAGACGGACCGGCCGGCCAUGUAGGAGGAGCACCACGACGGUGGCGGUGGCGGCGGUGGUGGAAGAGUUGUUGGGGGGAUCGACGAUGGCGGUGCACGUGGUGCUGCUCGCCGUGCCUGCGCUCGUCGGCGGGUUCCUGCACGCGUUCAAGUUCUCCAUCCUGCUGUGGCCGUUCAACCUCACGCUGCCGCUGCUCCGCCACCUGCCGCGGGUCUGCGCCACGCUCCGGGCGGCCGCGGCGCACUUCGACGCCGAGCUGCGCGCGUUGCUGAGUGGCCGCCGGCAGAGGGCGCCGGUGCCGCAGCUGGACCACCAGUACUCUGCCCUCCGCCCCGUGCAGAGACGGCCACGGCCGGCGGGACAGCUCGUCGCGCAGGCCAUGCUGGCCCUCGUCGACGUCUCCUACUGAUUCAUGCCUCAUCGUCAAGGUAGAUGGUUCUUGGUUGCAUUCUUGAGUUGAUCAGGUCUCCGCGCUCUGGUCUGGCGGAGCUCCUCUUCGAUAGGCUAGUGGUUCGCCAUUUUCAGUCGAGCUUGAUUUGUGCAUUUUGUAAUCUUUUGUGAGAGAUGGACUGCAAGGAAUUUAGAUCGAACGGGACAUUCCCUCCUUGAACAAACAUUUCGACGAGUCAAUACAGAUUCAUGAGA